GGAACCUCGGCUCCGGCGCUCUGUGGGCCGUAGGUGGCGGCUGUGUUGUUUACAGUGUGUUGUUUGUUGAGUCGCGUUUCCACGCCACCUGUGACGGUCAGCGGCGGUUGCCCACGGCUCAGCGCCUCCGCGGACUGCGGCCGGUCGUUGCCAUGACAGCGACCGCUGGGGGCCCUGGAUCUUGGAGUGAAAAUAUACUAGAAUAUUUUCUGAGAAAUAACCACAUCACAACAGAAGAUGGCGCUGAGAUCAUCUGGUAUCAUGCUGCUAACCACAAGGCACAGGUGAAUGAGGCACUGAAAAGUCCUGCUCACAUGAUAGAGGCUGAUGUCCUUCUUCCAAGUGAUGGAUCAGAAUAUAGCCAACCAAUCAUGGCCCAUCCUCCUGAAACAAAUAGUGAUAAUACUUUACAGGAAUGGCUGACUGAAGUUAUAAAAAGCAAUAAAGGCAUCAAACUGGAUUUUAAGAGUCUAGCAGCUGUGGAACCAUCCAUGAUGCUCCUGGAAAAUGUGAAGAGGCAUCUGCAGCGUCCUGUGUGGAUUAAUGCUGAUAUUCUUCCUGGUCCAAAUGGAAAUAGCAGAGUAGUGGAUGCAAAACCUUUUAUAGACACAGUGACAUCCUUCUUUCCAGAUGUGACGUUUUCCCUGGGUUGGACAACAGGAUGGCAUCCUGAGAAAGUCAAUGAAGGUUACAGUUGGACAAUGGUGAAAGAAAUGGAAUAUAUAUGUAAGGACCUAAAUCUGCCUGUAACAUUUCCUGUCAGAGCAGCAUUAGUUAGGCAGUCUUGUUCUCAGUUACUCUGGCUGUUAAAGAAAUCAAACAGAUGGAUAUAUAGCCAGUAAAUAAAGAAAAACAAGAAAAUGACUACCACCAAGGUCAAGGUUGUGAGGUCUCCAGGGGAGAGGAGAGGUUGUGAUAGCACAGUGACAUACAGGUACCUCCCAAGGUAGUGAUGGUGAUGGUGUGCUCUCUUUCUUGAUUUGGGUUUUGGUUACACUGGAGUUCAUUUUAUAAUAAUUUGUUAAAAUUCAUAUUUAUGGUUUUAUGGGCUUUUCCUAUAUAUUUCAUAAUGAAAAGGGCUUAAAAAAUAAAACCUGAGAACUGAUUUGAAUGAACAUAAUUUAAGGUACCCUUAGGCAAUUUGUCUUCCUAUUUCACUUUAAAUAUAAUAGAGGGAGGAUUAAAAGAGGUACAGUAACUUUGUAGAGCUCUUUUUUUAAUCUAAAUCCAUAUCUGUGUCACCAUAGUGUUCAAAUAAAGUAAUAGAUGCCAUUUUAGCAAACAUAUAGGGUUUUUAAAGUAUUUUUCCAGUCUUAUUAGAAAUAAUUGAAAUACAUCAAUAUAUACACCAUGAUAGUUAGAUUUACAUUUAUUGUGAAAUGAUUAUCAUAAUAGGUUCAGCAAACCUUUAUCUUCUCAUAUAAAUACAGUAAAAAGAAAAAAAGGAAAAGGAAAAAAUUCCCCUUGUGAUGAGGACUCUUAGGAUUUACUCUCAGGGCACCUGGGUGGCUCAGUUGAUUUAGCAUCCUACUCUUGAUUUCAGCUCAGGUCAUGAUCUCCCAGUUCAUGGGAUCAAGCCCUGCAUUGGGAUCUGUGUUACAGCGUGGAGCCUGCUUGGGAUUCUCUCUCUCCUCUCUCUCUACUCCUCCCCCUGUUUGUGCUCUCUCUUUCUCUCUCUCUCUCAAAAUAAAGAAAUAACCUUUUUUUGUGUAAAAAAAGGAUUCACUGUCUAAACACUUUUCCUAUGUAAUCAUACAGCAGUGUUAACUCUACUCAUCAUUUUGUACAUUACAUCCUUAGUAUUUAUUUAUCUUAUAACUGGAAGUUUAUACCUUUGACCACCUUCCUCUAUUACCCCUUCCCCACCCUCGACCCCUGGUAACCACAAGACUGAUCUCUUUUUCUGUGAAGGUUUUGUUUUUCUUUUAGAUUCUACAUAUAAGUUAGAUUGUACAGUACUUCUUUUCCUGUCUAACUUGCUUUACUUAGCAUAAUGCCUUCAAAGUCCAUCCAUCGUGUUGCAAAUGGUAGGAUUUCCCCAUUUUUUAUGGCUGAAUAAUACUACAUUGUAUAUAUGUAUAUACUACAACUUUUUUAUCCCUUCAUCUAUUGAUGGACAUGAUUGUUUCAAUGUCUUUGUUAUUGUAAAUAAUGCUGAUAUGAACAUGAGGGUGCAGAUAUUUUUUUGAAUUGAUGUUUUUGAAUUGAUGUUUUUGUUUCCUUUGGAUAUGUUCCCAGAAGUGGAAUUGCUGGAUCAUAUGGUAGUUCUAUUUUUAUUUUUUUGAGGGUCCUCCAUACUAUUUUUCAUAGUGGCUGCACCAAUUUAUAAUCCUACCAAUAGUGCACAAGGGUUCCCUUUUCUUAACAUCCAUGCCAGCAUUUGUUAUCUUGCGCCUUGUUGAAGAUGGCCGUACUAACAUGUAUGAGGUGAUAUCUCAUUGUGGUUUAGAUUUACAUUUCCAUAAUGAAUAGUGAUGUUGAGUAUCUUUUCAUUACCUGUUGGCCUUUCAUAUAUCUUCUUUGGAAAAAUGUCUUUCCCCAUUUUUAAAUUGGGUUAUUUGAUGGUUUUUUUGCUAUAAUUAUCACUGUUAGUUUUUUUUUUGCUGUUAGUUCUUUAUGUAUUUUAGAUAUUAACUCCUUACCUAAUAUACGGUUUGCAAAUAUUUUUUCCCAUUCCCUAAGUUGUUUUUUCAAUUUGUUGCUAUGGGGAAACCUUUUUAGUUUGAUUUAAUCCCACCUGUUUAUUUUUUAUUUUGUUGUUUGUACUUUAGGUGUCAUAUCCAAACAAUCAUUACCAAGACUUAUGUCAGGAAGCUUUUUUCCUAUGUUUUCUUGUAGGAGUUUUAUGGUUUCAGGUCUUAUUUUUAAGUCUUUAACCCAUUUCAAGUUAAUUUUCGUGACUGGUUUAAGGUAUAGGUUCAAUUUCAUUCUUUUCCAUGUGAUUAUCCAAUUAUCCUAGUACCAUAUAUUGAAGAGACUUUUUUUCUCCUUUGAAUAUCCUUGGCUUCCUUGUCAAAUACUAGUUGGCAGUUUAUACUUGGGUUUAUUUUUUGGCUCUUGAUUCUGUUCUCUUUGUCUAUUUGUCUGUUUUUAUGCCAAUACCACACUGUUUUGAUGACUAUUGCUAUAUAGUAUAACUUGAAAUCAGGAAGUAUAAUGCCUCUUGCUUUAUUCUUCUUUUUCAAGAUUUCUUUGGCUAUUCAGGGUCUUUCCUGGUUCCAUAUAAAUUUUAGGAGAUUUUUUUUCUACUUCUGUAAAAAAUGCCAUUGGAAUCUUGAUAGGGAUUGCAUUGAAUCUUUUGGUGGGAUUAACAUCUUAAUAAUAUUAAUUCUUCCACUAUGUGAAGACAGGAUACCUUUCCUUUUCUUUGUGUCUUCUUUGAUUUCUUUCAUCCAUGUCUUACAGUUUUCAGCAUAAAAAUUUUUCAUUUCCUGGUUAAAUCUAUUCCUAUGUCUUUUAUUGUUUUGAUGCUGUUGUAAAUGAGAUCAAUUUCUUUAUUUCUUUUUCAGAAAUUUCACUGUUAGUGUAUAGAAAUGCUACUGAUUUUUUUUUUGUAUGUUAAUUUUGUAUCCUGCAACUUUACUGAAAUCAUUGAUUAGAUCUAACAGAUUUCUGGUUGAGUCUUUAUACCAAAUCUAUGUAUAAAAGUGUGUCAUCUGCAAACAGAGACAAUUGUACUUCUUUUCUUUCUAAUUCUUAUAGCUUUUACUUCUUUUUCUUGCCUGAUUGCUGUAGCUAGGACUUCCAGUACUGUGUUGAAUAGGAGUGGUGAGACUGAGCAUCCUAGUCUUGUUCCUGAUCUGAGAGGAAAAGUUUUCAUCCUGUCACCAUUGAGUAUGGUGUUAGCUGUGGACUUGUCAUAUAUGGCCUUUAUUAUGUUGAGAUAUGUUCGUUCUGAGCCUAAUUUACUGAGUUUUUAUCAUGAGUGGGUGGUGAAUGUUGUCAAAUGCUUUUUUGUACUUACUGAAAUGAUCAUAUGAUUCUUUUCUUUCAUUCUAUUAAAUGUGACAUGUAACAUUGAUUUGUAUGUGUUGAACUGUCUUUG